AUGAUUCUCCUUCGUGGUACGUGUUUUGUGCUACUAUUUGCGUUAACUGUUUCACAGUCAGACGUCCACCCACUCUCCGAGGAGUUCAUAAAUCUCAUCAACACUAAACAAAAUUCUUGGAAAGCUGGGCGAAACUUCCCGGCUUCAACGCCAUUGAAGGUAAUUAAAAAUUUCCUAGGAGCACUUAAGGAUGAUUACGUGAAAAAUUUGCCGAACGUUGUACACGAUGACGACUUGAUAAAGGAUUUACCAGAAAAUUUUGAUCCUAGAGAAAAAUGGCCUAAUUGUCCCACACUAAAUGAAAUUAGAGAUCAAGGUUCUUGUGGGAGUUGCUGGGCAUUCGGUGCUGUUGAGGCAAUGACCGACCGAUACUGCGUUUACUCGAACGGAACAAAGCAUUUUCACUUUUCCGCAGAAGAUUUACUUAGUUGCUGUCCUAUUUGCGGUCUCGGGUGCAACGGUGGAAUUCCUACAUUAGCGUGGGAGUAUUGGAAGCACUUUGGAUUGGUUUCUGGUGGCAACUAUAACUCCUCUCAGGGUUGCAGACCUUAUGAAAUCGCACCUUGUGAGCAUCAUGUACCUGGUAACAGAAUGCCAUGCAGCGGUGACACAAAGACGCCCAAAUGCUACAGAACUUGCCGAGAUGGCUAUAGCAAAGCCUAUAAGGCAGACAAGCAAUACGGCAAACAUGUAUUCUCUGUCCGAGGAGGCGAAGACCACAUUAGAGCAGAACUUUUCAAAAAUGGACCUGUAGAAGGAGCCUUUACUGUAUACGCAGAUUUACUCGCGUACAAAAGCGGCGUUUACAAGCAUGUGGUAGGUGAUGCACUCGGCGGUCAUGCUAUUAAAAUUAUGGGAUGGGGCGUUGAAAACGGAAACAAAUAUUGGCUUGUCGCAAACUCCUGGAACUCCGACUGGGGUGAUAAUGGCUUCUUCAAAAUCGCUCGUGGAGAGGACGAAUGUGGCAUCGAGAGCUCUAUAAUUGCAGGCGAGCCAUUGUUUACG